AUGCACUCAGAAGAAGUACGAAGAACUGAACUGAAGUGGUACCGUAAAUUGGCCAUAGAGUUGUUGACAGGAACUGCUGUAGUAAAUGCCUGGGUACUCUACAAUCAGUUUCUUAGCCAAAAAAAGACAAUGGGUAUGACCGAAUUCAACGAAUAUCUAGUCAUGUCACUCAUUACUGGAAAAAUGAAUGAAGAAAUGCUUCCAGGAUCAAAGCGUUCCGAUAUUGGAGGCCUGCGUUCCAGCCAUACAUUAGUUGAAGCUGAAGGCCCAAAGCUCAAAACAAGAAAACCCUGCAUGUCCUGCUAUGAAAUCAUUGCUAACAAUGAAGGCAGUUCAGAAGCGAGACAAAGCAAGGAGAGUGACUACAUUUUGUGA